UGGAUGUGUGUCCCACUCACGUUGAAGUGAGACACAGUCAAUUCGGGGACAUCAACCUUCUUCAAUUAAGGGCCGGUCACCCACUAAAAGUCAUAAGAUAUAUUUUAUUCCGCUGGAUCAACACAUCUUGCGCGAGUGAAGUGAGUCACCAUGAUUAUGCGAGAGAGGACGGAGUUGCUCUUGAUGCUGAUCUCCAUUUGUUGGAGGAGUGUUAGUGCCUUCGAAUUGACGUUACUGCAUACGAAUGAUUUGCACUCCCGAUUUGACGAGAUCACGGGGCGUGGCUCCGCCUGUCGGGACAAGGACCGUGAGCAAGGACUCUGUUAUGGAGGCGUGGCCCGGAUUAAAUAUGCCGUAGACCAAAUUAGAGAGGAGACCCGAGGGAAUAUGCUGUUCCUCAAUGGAGGAGACUUUUUCCAGGGAACAGUAUGGUAUUCCAUGUUCAAAUGGCGAAUUGUGGCCAACCUCACGGCCAAUCUUGGUUACACUGCCUCCUCCUUGGGGAAUCAUGAGUUUGACGAUGGAGUCCCCGAUUUGGUCAACUUUGCCGCCAUUAUUGCUCCGUAUUAUCCGUUAUUGGCCUGUAAUCUGGACCUGUCCGAGGAACCAUUACUGAAGAACAAGAUCCAAGGCAGCAUUGUGGUCACCGUGGAGGGUGAACAAAUCGGGAUCAUUGGGUUCGUAACCCCGGACACCAAAGACCUGGCCAGUGUGGGCAAGGUCAAAUUCUUGAACGAGGUCGAGAGCAUUCGGAAGGAGAUUCAGGAACUCAAAGAGCGCCAUCCAGGAUUGGGAAUUUUCAUCGCAGUUGGUCAUUCAGGAUAUAGUGAAGACAAGAAAAUCGCGCAAGAGGUGGAGGAUUUGGACGUUAUCGUCGGGGGCCACACCAACACAUUUCUAUGGACAAAGAACGAUACUCACAGUCACAUUCCCGAUGAUCAUCCUAUGGGACCUUAUCCCACCGUCGUGACCCGAGCCUCUGGGCAACAAUGUCUCGUGGUCCAAACUUCCGGAUAUGGCAAAUAUCUCGGUCGUCUAGAUGUAACGUUUGAUCAAAACGGACAAAUAAAAAGUUUCCAAGGCUGGCCGAUUCUUUUGGAUCAAUCAAAACCGGAGGACACUGACCUCAAAAGGCUGGUGGAGGCUUACCGAUCAAGAGUGGCUGAGAAAAUGAAUACCUUGGUGGGGGAGAGCUUAGUUUUGAUUGACGGGGGACGUCCCAAAUGCCGCUUAGAGGAAUGCUCCUUCGGAGAUUUUGUCACCGAUGCCAUGGCCACGGAAAUGGGUGUUGACAUAGCGUUGAUUAACAGCGGUGGCAUUAAGGGAUCCUUUGAGAAAGGUCCAAUAUCCAUGGGGGACGUAUUCACGGCCAUGCCCUGGUCCAACACCAUCGACGUGGUCGAAAUCCCUGGCGAUGUUCUCAAGCAAGUCCUGGAGUAUUCGGUAUCCGAAUACGAUCCAGACCACCCGGAUCCCAGUGGACGGUUCCUUCAAUAUUCGGGUCUAAUCGUGGUCUACGACGUCUCUCAACCUGUGGGCCACAGACUGGUUGAAGCCUACACAGGGUCGCCAGAUGAGCCCGAGUUUUGGCAACGCGUCACAGACGACAAGACCUACACCAUGGCAGUCCUGAGCUUUAUGGCGCGUGGGGGGGAUGGCUACCAGAUGAUCCCGGAUCAUUUGUUGGCCCAUAAAAAUACGGGUUAUCUGGAUAACGAUCUCAUUGUGAGAUACCUAACCAAGUACAGUCCUUUGGAGGAGCCAGAAAUGGGACGGAUCCGAUUUGGAGCCGUCUCCAGCUUUCACUCUUCCGCAGUUCAACCCGCGCUUUCAUCCCAGCACGCUUGGGCCAUUUUAACCUUUGACACCUUGUUGGCCUUUACCUUCAGCUUGGUCUAACCGUGCGAACGAAAACUGGGCCUCCCACCUUUAAUGUAACUUCAAACAAGCAACCUCUUUUUCUUCCUUAUAUCUUGAUUAAAGCUCUAUUUCAAUGGUCCAAUCUUGUUUUUAAAAAAAUAUAUAGAAACGUAAUAAAUACACUGGAAUACUA